AUGAGCGGGCUUACGCUCGGCCUUCUCUCCGUGGAGGAUGCUCCGCUCAGCCAAAGGAUCAUCUUACGAGGGCUUAGUACUGAGCUCCGGAAGGAGCUGGAGCUUUCCAUCGUGCAGCGCUGCGGGAGCUCGGCGGAGAAGAGGAUGGCCACGAAGGUGCGCAACCUCGUCAAGAGAAAGCACCUCCUCCUGGUGACGCUGCUGCUCUGUAAUGCCGUGGCUAUGGAGGCGCUGCCUUUGGUGCUCGAUCGGAUCCUUUCCCCCAUUGGCUCGGUGCUGAUCUCUGUGACGGCGGUGCUUGCCUUCGGCGAGAUCCUGCCACAGGCGUUUUGCAAGGCUUACGGCCUUGCGGCGGGCGCUGCUGCAUCGCCCCUUGUGCAAUGUCUCCUAGUGGUGUGCUGGCCCAUCGCCUGGCCCAUCUCGAAGCUUCUGGACUGCGUUCUUGGGCAUGAUCACGGAAACUUCUUGAACCAGGAAGAGAUGGCCGCCGCCGUCGAGAUCCACAGGGAGAAGGGGCACCUGAGCCCGGAGGAGGCCGACAUCAUGCAGGGGGCCUUGAGCAUGGCGCGGAAGAAGUGUCAGGAUGGCAUGACGCCCCUGGAGCGAGUCAACUGCCUACCUUCCAACGCGGUCUUAGAUGCCGCCACGAUGAACUGGAUCAUGACAUCUGGCCACUCACGCAUCCCUGUGUAUGAGGCAGGGAGACCGAACAAGUUCAUCGGGUUCAUCCUGGUCAAGAAGCUCAUUGGCCUCAGGUGCGAGGAUGCCUGGCCUGUGGCCACCCAGCGGCUCAGCCCACUGGUGCUUGUGCAUGAGGACGAGCCUCUAUACAAAGUCUUGGACAUCUUCCAAACUGGCCACACACACAUGGCUCUGGUUUAUCCCGGAGGAACCGACCUGGGAAGCAACGUGGUGCCUGAGGACACAAGGCCCCUUGGCAUCCUCACCUUGGAAGAUGUCCUCGAGGAGCUUAUCAACGAAGAGAUCGUCGAUGAGACGGACCGUUUCAUCGAUGCCGCGCAUGGUAAGGGCUCAGCAGAGAAGUUGCGCGUGUCUUCUGGAGAUGUUGGAGUCUACACCUCGCCGGCGCCAUAUGUGCCUGCCAUGCCAGGCAACAUGUCACUACGGAGGCAGGCAACGGAUCCUGGAUUUCGCCGCCUCCGAAUCACCACAAUGUGUGAGAUGGCACAGGGCCGGAAAAGCGUGCGCCAGCAAACCGUGCGAACUGCUGGCCGGCCCCAGCAGCUACGGGUACAGACAACGCAGCAGUCCAUACAAGAAUCCAGCGAGGAUGCCAGUGCCAGUUCAAGCUCGGAAUGA